AUGGUUGAAGAUGCUAAUCCACAACGACCAACAACAAUCAUGGGAGGUAACCAUUUGAGAAAGAGUGGAGGUGUUUACAUUCCCCCAUUUAAGAUGGCAAUGAUGAUGAAAGAAGUUGAGGAUAAGAGUAGUGUAGAGUAUCAAAGGUUAACUUGGGAUGCUUUGAGAAAAAGUAUAAAUGGGCUUGUAAAAAAGGUUAAUGCUACUAAUAUAAAAAAUAUAAUUCCGGAAUUGUUUUCAGAAAAUUUGAUCCGGGGAAGGGGACUCUUUUGUCGGUCAUGUAUGAAGUCACAGAUGGCAUCUCCAGGAUUUACGGAUGUUUUUGCUGCCUUGGUUGCUGUUGUUAAUACUAAGUUUCCUGAGGUGGGGGGUCUUUUGCUAAGAAGAAUUGUUUUGCAGCUUAAGAGAGCUUAUAAACGGAAUGACAAGGUAUGUGAUGACUCCACUUUUUCUUAUAAUUUAAUGCGUGUUCUUUUACUUAAUAAUCAUAAUUUUGUAAUUUUGUAUUAUUGGCUGCAGAUGGAAUUGUGCAUUAUGCUUUUGGAAUGUUGCAGCCAAGAGAGAACUUAUCUUCGAUAUUAUGGUCUUCUGGGGCAGCGUUUCUGCAUGAUCAACAAAGUACAUCAAGAAAAUUUUGAGAAGUGCUUUGUGCAGCAGUACUCGAUGAUUCACCGACUGGAAACGAAUAAACUGCGAAAUGUGGCAAAGUUUUUUGCUCAUUUACAUGGCACAGAUGCACUACCUUGGCAUGUUUUAUCAUAUAUACGAUUGACUGAAGAGGACACAACUUCAUCUUCACGUAUAUUUAUUAAGAUUCUCUUCCAGGAAUUAUCAGAACAUCUUGGAAUUCGGCUGCUAAAUGAGCGGUUAAAUGAUCCAACAAUGCUAGAAUCUUUUGAAUCCAUAUUUCCAAAAGACAAUCCAAAAAACACAAGGUUCUGCAUUAACUUCUUUACAUCUAUUGGUCUAGGCGGUCUUACUGAGAACCUACGUGAGUAUUUGAAGAAUAUGCCACAUCUAAUCAUGCAACAACAGAAACAAGUUUCAGAAUCUGAAUCAGAUGAUGAGUCAGGGAGUUCUGAUUCAUCGGAUUCAGGGACAGCCAUUUCAGAGUCAGACUCGGCAAGUUCUGAUGAAAGUGACAGUGGGAGUGACGGAAGACGAAGAAAGCGGAGGAGAAAGUGAAGCAAUUUUAUGCUAUUGUUGAUGACCCUUGCAUCCACAAAACUGUUUCUUGAGUAUACAUGGUUUCUCAAUCUUUAAAUCACUGAAUUAACUAGCCCUUUUUUAUGUAUUUGAACAGUUGUAUAAAGAAAAAUACUAACGUUUUGCAAGAGUAUAUAUAUUUGAAAAAAGAUGAAUUUAUUCAUCUUCAACAAACAAUGCAUUAUAACAAAUCUAAAUGUGCUUCCUUCUA